CACAGGGCCACAGGCUACAGCGCUUGAUACGACACUCAACGUACUGGUCAUUAUUCAAUACUACACAAACCCUGCUAUCAAACAUACACCGACAGGUGACAUCUUUAUGCUUGAAUUGCUUCGUUUGUAAGUGCAUCACGACGCCGCGCCCUUUUACCACAACGUCUGCGUUUAUCCCACUCAAUAUAUUCCGAAACUCUUUAACCAUACCGUCUGCGCUUAUCCCACCCAAUAUACUCCAAAAUGAGUCUGCGAGAUGCCGCCGCUAAAGGUGAUUCACAUACCGUAAAGAAACUUAUGGAUGAAGGGGUCGGCAUAAACGACGAAGAUUGGGAUGGAUGGACAGCAUUGCAUUUCGCAGCUUCAAAUGGGCAUUUUGAGACCAUCGAUGAGCUGCUUCUAGCAGAUGACAUCAAUAUACAGACGGCCAAUCAUCAUGGUGACACGCCUCUACACUUGGCGUCGAUGUGGGGCCAUGUCAAGUGCGUGCAAGUGCUGUUGGAUCACAGCGCAAGCAUGGAGCCUAAGAACUCGAACGGACAGACACCAGUGGAUGUUGCAGGCACUGGGUCGUUGGCGUUGGGGUUCGGUAGGGUGAGCGCUGAUCUCAAGAAAGAAGUGUUUAAACGCUUUAACGCUGAGCCCGAGAGGCGUAGACUGUCGACUAUUUCGAGUUUGUCUAUAGACAGCUGCCCUAUCACUGGACAGGAGACGGACAUCCAAGUCAUUGAGAAUGAUCUGCGCAAGCGCCUGGCCACACUGCACAGAGAGAAACGAGUGCUCGAGAAGGCGAAGGCCGACCAACAAACCAAACUGGCAACCGAACAGAAACAGCUGGCAGAGGAAAAGACCGCACAGAGCGCUAGCGUCAGGAAACAGAUGGAGGUGUUGGCUAAACAGCUUUCUGAUAAGAAAGACGCUUUCAAUCGUGAGACCAGAAGCCAAAAGAUCAUCAUGGAGGCCAAAAGGAAGAAAUUUACACAAGAGAAGGCAGAAGCAGCUGAGAAACUGAAGAAAUUGAGAGACACCCGAGAGGGAUUAGACAAAAAACUGGAGGCUGCACGACAAGACAUGUUGGAGAAGCAACUGGCACAUGCGAAGCUGGUUGAGACGGAGAAUAGGCUUACGCUUCUGACGAAGUGCCUGACAGAGAACGACUUUGGGCAAGCGAGAACAAUUGUAAAAGAGUUGCACGACAUGGACGCGCCAAAGGAAACACAACAAUUGGCUCAGGAUCAACUUAUUGCGGCACUCGAGAAUCCGUUACUUCAACAGAAAAACACUACAAUGGGUGCAUUCGCGAGCCUACUUUCCACUUUUGGCAUGAGUUGAAAUGAUAGACUUUUGUGCAACGUGGAGUAAUAAACAAAAUCAGACAUUGUCUACCAAGGUAGUUGACUA